GGCGGUUGCAACUCGUGCCUCAUAAUUGUAUUCUAUGAUUUUCUAAUUUAGGUUUCCCCUUCCGAUGGACUGGCAAGACUCACAAGCAGAAAUGGGUUAUUCUUUCAGAGACCCGCUGUUGGAGGGUCCCUCAAACGUGCAUGAGACUCAAUUGCACAACUCAAACGCGCCUCUUGAGCCUGAAGAUGAUCCCAAUGCGUAUAGCGAUGGAUUGACGAUGGAAGAGCGCAUUGCAAAGUACACCACCUCGAUAACGUCAAGCGUCGUCGAUUAUCCCAUAGAAUAUGGUCGUCGGUACCACGCCUAUCGCCCCGGCAGUAUGUUCAAAAACUUUGCCGCUGCUGUUUUCAUUCUUAUUCUACAGAGCCGACAUGUUGGGGGGUAUGAAAUGGACAGACUCGAUUAUGCUCAUGCCAUGAUUGUCAAGGCAAUAGGGAGCAGGCUCUUCCACGCCCCUCUAGACAAGGACAAGAUCCGUGCGAUUCUUGACAUUGGAACAGGAACUGGGAUCUGGGCCGUGGAAAUGGGCGAUAUUUUCGAGAAUGCCGAGGUUUUUGGGAAUGACUUGAGCGCCAUUCAACCCGAAUGGACUCCUGCCAACGUCAGUUUUGAGAUUGACGACGUUGAGAGCCCCUGGGUCACAGAAAAUAAGUACGACUUCAUCAUGUGCCGCUACAUGACGGCCUCAAUCACAGAUUGGCCCAAGCUGGUUCAAAACAUCUACGACCACCUAAACCCAGGCGGCUGGGUGGAGUUCCAGGACAUGAACCCGGAGUUCUACUCCGAGGACGGCAGCUACACGAAGGACCACGCAACCUACCAAUGGAACCAGGCCUUCCUCGGCGCCAUCCGCGCCACGGGGCGCGACCCGACGCCGGGCCCCACGCACGAGCGCCGCGUCCGGGCCGCGGGCUUCGCCAACGUCACGGCGCUCAAGUUCAAGGCGCCGCUGACGCCCUGGGCGCGAGAUCAGCACUAUCGCGAUCUGGGCAUGAUGAACUUGCGGCUGACGGUGGACGGUCUGGAAGGGUUCUCGGUGAAGAUGUUUACCGAGGUGCUCGGGCGCUCGAGGGCGGCUGUCCAGGUGGAGAUUGCGCAUGUGAGGAACGAGUUGAGGGCUUGGCCGCCUGCUUUUCAUGCCAUGGUUGAUUAUGACGUUGUAUAUGGGCAAAAACCAUUCGCAUGAUCCGAAGAUCUGGGUCAGGAGCGAGCAUUGAAAUUUUCGAAAUAAGGGGUUCCUGUUGUCGAUUCUUUUCGCCGUCAGAUAUUCCGUCUGUCUGUGUUAUUUUAUAUUUGAUACCCACGUUGCCAGUCAAGACAGGAAGCCACCAUCAAAAUUCGAUACAGGCAUAGACGAAAACUAAAUUAACAAACUUGAGACCUGAGUCCGCAGGGAAUUAUUCAAUGAGAAUCAUCCUAAUGCCUCCUAGCCUUGUGCUAAGCUGAAUCAAUG